AUGCUCAGCUCGGUGUGUGUAUCGUCGUUUCGAGGGCGCAAGGCGGGCAACCAGUCGUCGAACAAGGCAUGUGCGAGCGCCGACAUGCUGUGCCCGGCGGACAACGAGCGCAUCGUCAUCAACUGCGGCGGCGUGCGGCACGAGACCUACCGGAGCACGCUGCGCACGCUGCCGGGCACGCGCCUGGCAUGGCUCACAGAGACCGACGCCCCCACCAACUUCGACUACGACUCGUCCUCCGACGAGUUCUUCUUUGACCGUCACCCGGCCGUGUUCGCCUUCGUGCUUAACUAUUACCGCACGGGCAAGCUGCACUGCCCAGGGGACGUGUGCGGACCGCUGUUUGAGGAGGAAUUGGCAUUCUGGGGCAUCGACGAGACGGACGUGGAGGCGUGCUGUUGGAUGAACUACAGGCAGCACCGGGAUGCUGAAGAGGCACUGGACAGCUUUGAGACCCCUGAGCCGGACCCGCCGGACGAUGAUGUGGGACUCGCGGGAGGUGCUGACGGGGACCUGAAGCACCUUUGUAUACACGAGGAUAAUCGCAAAGUGGGUUGGUGGCGCGUCUGGCAACCUAGAAUCUGGGCGCUCUUUGACGACCCCUACUCGUCCAAAUACGCACGGUAUGUAGCAUUCGGGUCGCUGCUCUUCAUCCUCAUCUCCAUCUCCACGUUCUGCAUGGAGACGCAUGAGGUGUUCAACACUAUCUACAACCGGACAGAGAACGUGACCGUAGGCAACGUGACCCGUGAAGAGAUCACCUACGAGGUGGUGACGGACAGCUGGCUGACUUACGUGGAGGGCGUGUGCGUCAUAUGGUUCACUUUUGAGGUCCUCAUGCGUGUUAUCUUCUGCCCGGACAAGGCUGAAUUCUUUAAAAGCACACUGAACAUUAUCGACUUUGUGGCCAUUUUGCCGUUCUAUCUGGAGGUGGGUCUGAGUGGCCUCUCGUCCAAAGCGGCCAGGGACGUCCUGGGCUUCCUGCGCGUGGUCCGCUUCGUUCGGAUCCUGAGGAUCUUCAAGCUGACGCGCCAUUUCGUAGGACUUCGCGUGCUGGGUCAUACGCUCCGAGCUAGCACCAACGAAUUCCUGCUGCUUAUUAUUUUCCUUGCGCUCGGGGUGCUAAUCUUCGCCACUAUGAUCUACUACGCGGAGAGGAUUGGUGCCAGUCCCGAUGACCCUACAGGCAGCAACCACACAAAAUUCAAGAAUAUUCCCAUCGGCUUCUGGUGGGCUGUGGUCACCAUGACAACACUGGGAUACGGUGACAUGUGUCCAGAGACGUGGUCUGGCAUGUUGGUUGGUGCUUUGUGCGCUCUUGCAGGUGUGCUUACCAUCGCCAUGCCUGUUCCGGUCAUCGUCAACAACUUCGGCAUGUACUAUUCACUGGCUAUGGCCAAACAGAAGCUGCCCAAGAAAAAGAAUAAGCACAUUCCACGGGCCCCGCAGCCUGGCUCGCCGAAUUACUGCAAGCCUGACGCCCUGGCCAUGGCCACCGCCUCGCCACAGAGGAUCAUGGGUAACGUGCUGGGCAGGGUAAUUGGCCCGGGUGGACUCACUGGAGACUGUCCGCUUGCUCAGGAGGAGAACAUAGAAAUAAACAGAGACUCGAAGCAGAACGGUGACGCAUCCAGCGCAGCCCUGGCGAACGAGGACUGUCCCACCAUAGACCAGGUACUGAGUCCAGACGAGCGCAGCCCAAUGGGACUCACACGAGAGCGCUACCAGCAGGACCGAGCCUGCUUCUUGCUCAACACUCGCGAAUUCAGGCCAGCCGACACGAACGUCCGGAAAGCCACGGCCUACGAGAAAUCUCGCAGUUUGAACAACAUAUCGGGAAUGACGGGGUCAUCGCUGCGUUUGACUCCUCUCACCAGCACUCCAUUUGACCCCUACGAGGCCCCAGUAACCCUACGCCGCUGUCGCUCGCCCAUUCCUUCCAUUUUGUAAAGCAAAUAAUAAAACGCUAGACCUCAGGACAGAAAAACAAGAGGAGCAGAUAGUGCAGAGUGUGUGUGUAAAAGAAGAGGACAUGGACACACACUCAGUGUCUAGCUGGAACAGACAUCAAUAACCACCAAUAAUGAAUCUAAA